AUGGCGGCGCUCCGGCGCCCCCUGCUGGCGGCCUCGUGGGUCACUGGUGCAUCUGCCGUGUCCGUGGCUGGCAGGACAGGCAGCAUGGCCGAGACGUUGCAGGGCAUUGGCGCGAGGGCCAGCGCGCGCCAGACGCCCGAGGAGCUCGGCAUGGUGGAGGGGGUGGCCGAGGCGGGGGAGUUCGCGGCGAGUGCCUUCUCGGAGUCCUACUGCCUGGACAUCGGGGCGAAGGGGUUCCCGAUCCCGGUGUUCAAGAUGAUGCAGGCCGCCAAGUGGGACGUGGGCGUGUACUUCGAGAAGCUCGAGGCGCUGGGGUACGCCGACGACGCCCUGCAGGUGAGCGGCCCCCAGGAGGCCAUGCUCCAGUCGAACUGCAUGCAGGUUGGCCGCCAGAGCAGGACGAAGCACAUCUUUGUCGGCGACUCCCAGAUGAUGGCGCUCCGCAACGCGCUCCACCGCCUCAACGGCUGCCCUGAGAUCUGGUGGCGCAACACCACCAGGGACCACGAGGACUUGCUUGCGUCGAUGAAGGCUGGCAAGCGCGUCAGGGCCAGCAGUGGCCGCUUCCACGCGCGCACCGACCAGGCGCCAGACGGCCCGUUGCCCACAGGGUGCAAGGAGGACGGCAUCGCGUCGUUCAUCUUCUGGGAUGCCUGGCUCGAUAGGGAGAUCCCUCUUCAAGAGAUUCAGAACGAGAUUGAGCUGCUCGGAGUCGAGCCAGCCAAGGGUGACGCUGUAGUGGUGUGGAUCGGCUCGAACUCAAUCUCAGGAUCUGGCAGAACGAGUGUCCUGCGCAACACAAUUGACAAGCUCAUUGCCUUGGGGGUAAAGAUGGUCUGGGACUCGCCAACCUACAUUGACGAUGCCCUGAUGGCCGCGACAACUGCAAAGGACUUGGGUACCGACUCGCGCACUGGCAUCCCCAUCACGUACACCGCAAUCGCUCAGAGGAAGGUCCGCGGCGAAAUCGGCUCAAAUCAGUACAAGAGUGAGAAGGCGUUCUUAGCAGGAGGUGUCGAGAUUCCGAUGACGAAGCGUUGGCAGUUGACGAACCGGUACAGGGGGCUCCAGUGCGAUGGCAUCCACAGCGACAUGCGCGCGAGGGAUCCGCUCUACUACGAUCUUCCCUGUCCGAAGGGCCCAGAGACUUACGGUAGGUCCUCGCACUGCAACUGGGAGGAGCCCUUCGACGUCCGGGUGAGGCAGAGUUGCCCCCAGGCCGUCGGCCUGGAUGACUUGGUGCUCCAGAGCGGCCUCUUUGCCAUGUGUGCGGCUCACGAGAGCCCUUUCUGCUACGCGUACACCGAGCGCAUCCGUUGA